CACAGAACUGCUCACCACCACUCCACAGCUGAGAUGGGUGUUGGUGUCACGGACGUGGGUUUGCUCCUCGCUGUGAUGCAAGGCGUCUUCAGUGAAACUUGGGUUCUGACGGCGCCUCGGAGAAUCGUGGGCAUCAGCGACUCCUGUGUCACGGUCCCGUGUCACUUCCAGGUCCCUGACGAGCAGCAGGCAAACAUCCUGAACUGCUCCAACAGCGCUAACUGGAGGAGAGGGGCAUUCUUUAAUCCAAAGACUGAACAGGCAGAAAUAAUCGGCGACCUAACGAAGAAGAACUGCACCACGGUGAUGAAGGGCUUCUCAAACAUCCACAACGACUUGUACUUCUUCAGACUCGAAUGUCCGAACCUCAAAUUCACUUUCCGAGAUGGGAUCAGCAUCAGCACUCAAUCAGAGCCGUCUCCUCCUCAGCUCAGCGUGGUGGGUCAGGCGUCAGAGGGCGUCCAGGCCCGGCUGCAGUGUGAGACCCCGGUGUCCUGCUCCGUCCUGCCCCCCUCCCUCACCUGGUCCCCCCGUGACGCCUCCAGCCAGGAGGAGUCACACAUGAAGCAGAGCACAGACGGGUCGAUGACCAUGACCUCCACGCUGACCUUCAUGGCCUCGGCCGACCAUCACAACCAGAGCAUCUUCUGCUCGGUCUCCUACCCGCUGUCCACCGGGGGCAGCAGCUCGCCGGCGGCAGCAAGUCGAAGACUCAGCAUCCUGUAUGCUCCUCGAUUCACCAGGGCAACAAUCAGCCCGUCCGGACCGGUUUUCGAAGGGGAAACCGUGACGUUGACGUGUUCGAGUGACGCAAACCCUCCAGUGACGCGCUACACCUGGUUCAGAGAGGAGCGAGGGCAGAUCCGAGCGCUCGCACGAGGACAGACUCUGGAUCUGCAGGUCAGCCUGUCGGACAGAGGGGCGUAUCUGUGUCAGGCUCAAUCUCCCAGAGGAUCUCAGAGGAGCACAUCGGUGUCUCCGGAGGUCGGCGCCGCUGAAGCCCCAGGCCACAGUGAAGCUCUGGUGAUGAUGCCCUACGUCCUGUGUGGAGUCGUGUCCGUCCUCUACGUCCUGACGGUCCUGGUGGAUUUGUACAAGUACCACAGUCUCUCCCAGCGGCUGAAGAAGAUUGAGGUGAAGGGGGAAUGCACCUACACUGAUCUGAAGACCAACCAGGUCAACUCUGACUACGACCAACUCCAGCUGAAACCAAAUCCUCCUCCUGAAGUUCCCGAGUAUGAGAACAGCAGCUCCAUGCAGCUCACAGUCACAGACGGACGCUGAGAGGAGGAGUCACUGCUUCUAUCAACGUGUUUUUAAAUGCAUAAAUGUACGUGUUUGUUAAGUGGCUUCAG